GAAAACCAAUCAAGUGGGAAAUUCAAAUUAAUGUUAUAAUGAUUUUGCUACAUAAGCAAAUUCAUCUUAUAUAUAGAGACCUAGCCUUAUUCACAAUAUAUGCUUACAAACUUUCUCACAAUAUUUUCUUUUUAGAUCAUCUUCUUUGUUAGAGUCUAGGGAUCGAAACGAAGAGCUGCGAAAAAAAAUGGCAAGCAUGUCAAAGAAGAUGCAGAGCAGUGAAACGUCGUGUUGUAAGGCUGGGCCUGGUUACGCUUCACCUCGAGAAGCCAUGGCUGGUCCAAGAGAAGUUCUCCUUUAUGUCACAUGUGUUUACUCAGGGACUGGAACACAAAAACCUGAUUAUUUGGCAACGGUGGACGUUGAUCCAACUUCUCCUACUUAUUCGAAAGUCAUCCACAGACUCUUUGUGCCAUAUUUAGGUGAUGAGUUGCAUGAUAUGGGAUGGAACUCAUGUAGUUCAUGCCACGGAGAUCCGUCUGCUGAUCGAUGUUUUCUUAUUGUACCUGGACUAUUUUCUGGUCGAAUUUAUGUGGUUAACACAAAGACAAACCCGAAAGCUCCUUCAUUGCAUAAAGUAGUUGAAUUUGAAGAGAUUGUUGAGAAGACUGGUUUGGCAUAUCCACACACAUCUCAUUGCUUGGCUUCUGGUGAUGUCAUGGUAUCAUGCCUUGGUGAUAAAAAUGGAAAUGCCAAAGGAAAUGGAUUUCUUCUUCUCGAUUCGGAGUUUAAUGUGAAAGGAAGGUGGGAAAAAGAAGGGCAUAGUCCUAAUUUUGGCUAUGAUUUUUGGUACCAACCUCGACACAAGACAAUGAUCAGCUCAUCAUUCGGUGCUCCUACCACUUUCACCAAAGGUUUUAACCUUCAAGAUGUCUCUGACGGUCUCUACGGGAGACAUCUUUACGUUUACAGUUGGCCCGGUGGUGAGCUAAAACAAACAUUAGAUCUUGGUAACACAGGGAUGUUACCUUUGGCGAUAAGGUUUCUACAUGAUCCUUCCAAAGAUAUCGGGUUUGUUGGAGCUGCAUUAGCAAGUAACAUGGUGAGAUUUUUCAAGAACCCCGACAACUCAUGGAGCCACGAGGUUGCAAUAUCAGUGAAAGCAUUGAAAGUGCAUAACUGGAUUCUUCCAGAAAUGCCUGGAAUGAUUACUGAUUUUCUAAUCUCAAUCGAUGAUCGAUUUUUGUACUUUAUAAAUUGGUUGCAUGGUGAUGUGAGACAGUACAACAUUGAGGAUCCUAAGAAUCCCAAGUUGACAGGCCAAGUUUGGGUUGGAGGACAAAUUCAAAAGGGAAGCUCAGUAUUAGCCGAGGGAGAAGAUGGUGAAACUUUCCAAUUCGAUGUUCCAAAAAUCCAGGGACAUAAAUUGAGAGGCGGACCACAGAUGAUACAGAUGAGCUUAGAUGGAAAGCGACUCUAUGUGACAAACUCACUUUUCAGUACAUGGGAUCGCCAAUUCUAUCCCGAGCUCAUGAAGAAAGGUUCUCACUUGUUGCAACUUGAUGUUGAUAUCGAGAAAGGAGGUUUGGCUAUCAACCCUAAUUUCUUUGUGGAUUUCGGAGCUGAGCCUUAUGGUCCUUCUCUUGCCCAUGAAAUGAGAUAUCCUGGUGGUGAUUGCACUUCAGAUAUUUGGGUUUGAUUAUCGGGUCAUAGUUACAGUUACACUUUGACAAAGAUAAAAUAAUGAAGCAUUUGAAGUUCGUAUUUGUAUGUGUGUACUUCAAAACUCUUUUGAGGGGAAUAAUAAAAAUCCAUUAUGUUA